GCACUGAGGUCAAAGCUCUUACAAGACCACCAUCACUAAAGUUGCAGAGUGCAUUAUUUGGAUUUAUUAGCGGAUUCAGCCGAUUCCUGUUCUCAUCAUGACUGGUGUUGUAGACCCCGCUUUUAAAGGAGUUGGACAAAAACCUGGUUUGAAGAUAUGGAGAAUUGAGAAGAUGAAUGUUGUAAGCUGGCCUGAAAAAGACUAUGGCUAUUUUUUUGAGGGAGAUUCGUACAUUGUUUUGCAUACCAAGAAGGAGAAAGGUGGUCAAUUAAGUUGGAGUAUUCACUUCUGGCUCGGAAAAGAUACAUCACAGGAUGAAGCUGGUGUUUGUGCCAUCAAAACAGUUGAAUUAGAUGAUGCCUUGGGAGGAGGACCUGUGCAGUGCAGAGAAGUCCAAGCUCAUGAAUCUCAACAAUUUCUAUCGUAUUUCAAAGAUGGUAUCAUGUACAAACCAGGUGGUAUGGCUACUGGAUUCAAACAUGUUGACCGCGAUUUCCAUGAAAAUAGAAUGUUGAAAGUGAAAGGUAAACGAACACCAAGGAUUAGUGAAGUUCCCAUUGGUUGGAAAUCGCUCAAUAAAGGAGAUGUCUUCAUCCUGGAUCUUGGUACUAGAAUUAUCCAGUGGAACGGAAGUCAAGCAAAUUAUUCAGAGAAAUUGAAGGGCACACAGACAUGUCAGCGUAUCCGUGACAGUGAGCGUGGUGGACGGGCACAGAUUGUUGUAAUUGAAGAAAAUGAUCGUCGCUAUGAGCACGACUUUCUGGAGGUUAUGGGAGAGAGAACACCAAUUGCUGACGCUGGUGCUGGUGAUGAUGACAGUGCUUUUGAACGUAAUGUGCAAGCUCAAACCAAAAUGUACAAAGUAUCUGAUCAGAGUGGAUCGCUAGUGCUGACAGAGAUUGCAACUAGACCCUUAUCACAGUCAAAUCUAGAAAGUAAUGAUUGCUUCAUCAUUGAUCAGGGUGCAGCUGGAGUCUGGGUGUGGAAAGGAAAACAAGCCACUAAAGCUGAAAAAGAUAGGGCUUUUGAGAACGCCAUGAACUUUAUCACUGCUAAAAAGUACCCCAAACAUACCAAGUGCACAGCUGUGAUUGAAAAUGCAGAGCCAGCCUCUUUCAAAGGUUUAUUCAAAAACUGGAGAGACAAGGGAGCAACUACUGGUUUGGGAAAAACUCACACCAGAGGAAAAAUUGCUGAUUCUAACACCGUACAGACCAAGUUUGAUGCAGCAACACUACAUGCUGACCCACAGAGAGCAGCACAAAGUAAAAUGGUGGAUGAUGGAACAGGCAAUAAAGAGAUUUGGCGUAUUGAUAACUUUGACAAAGUGCCACUUGAGAAGAAUCUGUAUGGCCAGUUCUUUGGUGGAGAUUGUUAUGUUAUCAAGUAUACCUACCUUGUCAACAAUAAAGAGAACUAUAUCAUCUACUAUUGGCAGGGUUUGGAUUCCACUGCUGAUGAGAAAGGAACUUCUGCUCUCAUGGCGGUUCAACUAGAUGAUGAAGUAAACGGUGCUGCUGUACAGGUUCGUGUUGCGAUGGGUAAAGAGCCUCCCCACUUGUUGGCGAUCUUUGGGGGUACACUGAUCAUUCAUAAGGGAGGCAAGGCAAGUUCAUUCACUAAUACUAGUCAGAAAGACAAGUCAUACCAGGGAGGUGUCAGAAUGUUCCAAGUACGUGGUACCAGUGAACUGUGUACUAAAGCCUACGAGGUGGAUCCUGUGGCUGCCUCAUUGAAUUCCAAUGAUGUGUUUGUAGCUCAGACACCAAAAAAUAUCUAUUUGUGGUGUGGAAAGGGAUGCAGUGGUGACGAAAGAGAACUUGCUAAACAGAUCACUAAAGCUGUUUCAUCUCGUGAGCACACUACUGUACCAGAAGGACAAGAGCCAACUGAAUUCUGGACUGCACUAGGAGGAAAAGCCCCCUAUGCUUCUACUGCAAGAAUGCAGGAGUCUGAUACUGAUCGCCCACCUCGUCUAUUCCAAUGUUCCAACGCAUCUGGUGGCUUCCGUGUUGAAGAGGUUUUUGAUUUUACCCAAGAAGAUCUGAUUGAAGAUGAUGUCAUGCUUUUGGAUACCUGGGAUGAAAUAUUCAUCUGGGUUGGAAAAGGUGCCAAUGAUACAGAGAAAAAAGAAUCUGUCAACACAGCAAGAGAAUACAUUUCAACUGAUCCCAGCGGACGUGAUAGUGACACACCCCUCAUUUGUGUGAAGCAAGGCUUUGAACCACCAACAUUUACUGGUUGGUUCAUGGCAUGGGAUAAUGAUAAGUGGUCUGGAGGAAAAACUUACGAAGAAAUCAAAGCAGAACUUGGUGAACAAAAUGCUGGUGUUACUGUCAUUACUUCGGAUAUGAAGACUGGUCCAUCAGGUGGCGGUGCUGGUGCUGGAGAUCCCGCUAACUAUAAAAAAUAUUCAUUAGAAGAGCUUCAACAAGAGGAAUUACCACUAGGUGUUGAUGCAACCAAGAAAGAAUAUUAUUUAUCAGAAGAAGAUUUCAAGAGACUAUUUGGUUGUGAUUUUUCCACCUACAACGGCAAGCCAAACUGGAAGAAAAAUGAUAUGAAGAAAAAAGCAGGACUUUUUUAAAAUCUUGUUUGAAAAAAUAGCGUAGAUUAGAAUUCUAGAAUUGAAUUGGUGGAGGAAAAGCUUUGUAGUUAUUACUGCCCGACUACUUCUGAAAUAUUGCAAUUGAAGGGACAUCCAAUAAAAUAAGUCAUGUGAUCAUUUGUUGUCCAAUCAGAUGAUGAGAGAUUAUGUUUCAAACAUUUAUUUUAGAAGACUGGACAAAAAAACUAAACCAAAUUUUGUGAAUAUGAUAGGAGUGAAUAUAAUUAUCGUAUGAUUUUGCUAACUUUUAAUACAAGCAAUAAAUGAAUCUGCAUAUUCAUUUCUGUCAAAAUACACUUAGAAUUAGUUUGAUUUGAGAUAUUUUGAUAUGCAUCUGUGAACAAAUCUCAUCAAUAUUUACUAUAAACAUUUUUACCUGCUAUAUUAUAAUAAUAAUAUAAAACCUAUUUGCCUUGAAAUAGAUAAAUAUAUUUAUCAAGAAUUUGAGGGGGGGCUUAUGUUUCUGCAAAGGCAUAAACAUUUAAAUUGUUGAUUUUGACACCAUCUCUGCUCUCAAUUAUCAUUUGAUGUUGACAUGUAUACUUUCAUGUAAUGGAGUUGGUCUUCGACCUUUCACCUGCUAUACAGGUUCAUUCCAUUUGACCUCUGUCAAUUUUUGACCCACUUCCUUUUCAUGCUUCAUUGGAUGCUAGGUGAAGAGCAACCGAGAAAUAUGCUCCGACCUUUCACCUACUCUAAAUGUUCAUUCCAUUUGACCUCAGAACAUCAAGUUUUUGACCUACUUCCCAUUCAUUCAUGAUUGGAUUUGAGGUGAAUAGCAACUAAGAGAUGUGCACUUUCUCGUGUAGUAAAAGUGAAUUCCAUUUGACCUCAGAUGUGCAAAAGAGUAAUCAAAGGAUAUGCUCAUUGACCUUUCACCUACGUUGUAUAAGUGUUCAUUGGGAGCAGUUUUCGUUGUACUUACGCAGGAUAGAAUUUUUUUAAUAUUUUUUUUACAAGUCAUACAGCUAUGUAGUCAAUUACAUUUUCUUAAAUCACCAUGGUAUGAUUACGACUUUUUAUUUAGGCUAAAUCAUAAUGAUUUAGUGUAAUUCAACGUAUAAUUGCCGCCCAUUCUUGUUUUCACUCGUUUGUUUUAUCUUCUUGGGUAUUAAAUAAAAAUAUAAAGAAUACAAAUACAACAUAAAUACCACAUGGCUUGUAGGUACAUUACUAUCCAUUUUCAUUUGUCAAUGACCAUUAAAGGUUGGAAAGACUGCUUGAAAAGCAUACUUUCACAUCCUCUAUGAAAGAUGCUUUAUUUAAUCAUUAUCUGCGAAAAUGCUUGCAAUGAAAAAAAUGAUUUGAAUUUUUAUGUAAUUCUUGGCUGAAAUCUAAACUGCAUCAGAGAAACAAGUGAUAUAUUUUGUGUGAAGAAGCUUGAAUAUAUUGGAUAAUUGUUUCUUGAAAACCUUCAUUUGGUUUUUAUGGAGGAUCAGUUGAAGCACCACACUCCGUAUGAAGUUAUAAUCAUUUAAAAAUGCACAACAUGACGAGCAACUCAUUUUAUGGAGCAAAAUGGAACUGGAUGUUUUGUAUUGUAAUGUUACCUGCAAUUUUAUCAUAGUACAACAAAACCAGAUGUGUCAAGUAACUCUGAUUAUGGAUAGUAUAGAACGUGCAUCAAGUUAUUUAGACAUUGUGCAUCUUGUAUUAAAUAUUGCAUAUUAGGAAAUGUAUACAUGUUUGCAUACCAAGCAACAUAUAAAAAAUUGACAUGCAAUUUUACCAUUAUAUGCCAUCUUGUAUCGUACAAAAACAUUUUAACAUAGUACAACAAAGCCAGUGUCAAGUAACCACGAUUAUAGAUCUAAUUAUUGUAGAAUAUGCAUCAUAAAUUUAAUUAUCAUGGAGCCUUUCGAAUGAAAAACAAACUGCAUGCAAUCAUAAAUUUUUAUAGAAUUAAUAAUAUAGACAAGUUAAUGUAUUGAAAAAAUGUGGAAUACAUUUGGUAUAGAUUUAAUAUAGAAAUUGGGAAAUAAAGUCACACUUUCAAAUUGAA